AUUUAUAUCUAAAAAUAUCCCCUAACCCUUCUAAAGGCUUACCCCCGCUGCGCCUGGUGCUCAGCUCUCCUUUCCGUCAGCCCUAAGAAAGUUAAAGAUGUUCCAACUGGUCAUCUGAUCCGCCCCCCCCUCAUUAGCAUAUGUGAUGUCAUGGUCCCGGGAUAAAUAAGAGGGGGCUUUGAACAGGGCCCACGACCACUCUGUCUUGGGACUUCAGCUUUGCUUCUCCUUUUUCUUUCCGCUCAUCCAGACCCAACUCUGCAAAAUGGCCGAAGAGGCAGCCGCCCCCGCCGCAGCAGAAUUCGCUCCGGCAGAGAUUGAGGAGUUCAAGGAGUCUUUCGGGCUCUUCGACAGAGUCGGUGACAGCCAGGUUGGCUUCAACCAGGUCGCUGACAUCAUGCGCGCUCUGGGCAUGAACCCCACCAACAAGGCCGUUGUUGCUAUCCUUGGCAACCCAUCCGCUGAUGACAUGGCCAAUAAGAGGGUGAACUUCGAGGCUUUCCUUCCCAUGCUCAAGCAGGUUGACGCGAUGCCCAAGGGUACCUAUGAUGACUACGUUGAGGGUCUGCGCGUCUUCGACAAGGAGGGCAACGGCACAGUCAUGGGCGCUGAGCUGCGUAUUGUGCUGUCCACCCUGGGAGAGAAGAUGAGCGAGGUCGAGAUUGAUUCCCUCAUGACCGGCCAGGAAGACGAGAACGGCAGUGUGCACUACGAGGCUUUCGUCAAGCACAUCAUGUCUGUAUAAGUGGCCAGCAGUAGGAGUGCUGAAACUGUAGCUCGCCUACAGACAGCCCAACGGUGUUCAGGACAUCUACACUAUACCAAAGACCAACCAAGGAAAGACAAGGACUAUGUACAAGGGAUGUUGAAGCAAACCCAUCUUGUUGUUUAUUUUGUAUUUCUUGCCAUCUCGUCUCCAACCCUCCUUUUCUCGGGACAUCUCCGCCAUCAACCACUUCCGUUCUAGAACCCACCAUCACUUGGCCUUCGCUCCACCCGCCGCAUGGGGUGAGGAACGGGGGAGAAGGGAUGACCGCUCAUCAAGUGAGGG